AUUUAAUUUUCUUUUUCUUUUUUUAAAUUUUCUCUCCUCUCUUUUUGUUCUUGAUUAAACAGAAAGCGACAUUUCAUCUUGCACUUCCCUACUUAAUGCCCAUUCAUCCUAAUCCGUCAUUGGCAGGAAGCAGCAAUACCGACAACAGUGACACACCAAACACAAAGCGCCGUCGUCGCCUGUUUUCUCGUCGCGAGUUGUACUAUAAUGGCACCCGGGUUGUGCGUGUAGGGUCGAUAAACCUUUUGCAGACCAACAAGAGCCCCUACUCCUUUGCAUCCAUAGCUGAAAAAGAUGAAAACAGCAGCUCAGCAUCUCAGAAGCAGCAACAGGGGGCAUUGUCUCAGGAGCACUGCUCGCGAGAGUCGAUUUACAAUUAUAGCGAGCGCAGUGGAUCCCUGCGGCCUGAAGAUAUUGGUGACGGAUCAACGGGAGACAAUGGCCAGUCACUCAUUCAGGGCGAAACCAGGCUGAAAUCUGGUAAUGAUAAUGAAAGUGGCAGUAGUAGCGGCAAAUAUCCUACUGUUACACUGCGCAAAGUGACACAUGCUUCGAAGAAGGUGGCUUGUCAAUUACAGGUAGCAGCUUCCAAACAGAGCCAGCAUGUGUAUCCUUGUAAACUGGCCUGGAGUCCGGUUGAUUCUAUAUCGCCGCCAUCAUCUCCUUGUAAGCUUCCGCCGCAGCUUGAUGUCGAUAAGGUCAUUUUGUCGUUUGAGCCAACACCGCCGCUGUCAUUGAAAUGCUCUAGGGCAAAACCUGGUGUAAAUUUGGUCAUGCAGGCAGCUAAAUUUGCUCCGAUUGUGACACCAGUGCGGGAUCAGGGCGCCCAAUUGAAACCAGUGCAUCUGACGCCAUUGCGUCUUGUUGGCGAGCGACUCAAAUUAGCUAAGCUUGUCAAGAAAAACGCACCACCGGUUUUCAACAUUGGCAAUGCCACUGUCAGUGGUACUUAUAGGGGUCAGAAAAAACCCAGACGGCUAAAGUUAACCUACAAAUAAAGUACCCGAGCAUGAUUUAUUAGGGGUUUUUUAAAACAGGUUGCCAGCGGUUUUCUGUUUUUUUUUUUAAAA